AUGCAUACUCUUUCGGAAAAGGCCAGAGCCGCAAUCGCGGACAUACUUCCUCCAGAGGAGAUCCUGGAACCAUCUUCAGAACUCUACACCAAAGAGUCGACAACAUGGGCGGCCCAGAAGCAACAACACCCUGCUCUCGUCGUUCGCCCCGGAAGCGCUGAAAGGCUCCAGAAAUUGGUCCCUUACCUGUACGAAUCAGGCCUCGAUUUCGCUAUUCGCUGCGGAGGUAUCGGAUCCAGCUCGGCAAAAGAUGUCGUCGUGAGCAUGAAGCAGUUCGACUCGUUCAAGUACAAUCCGGAUGACCAUACCAUCGUUGUUGGAGCCGGCCAGUUGUGGGGCGACAUCGAACAGAAGCUGGAGGAAGUGGCUCCGGGGCGCAUUGCCGUCUCAGCCCGCGUUCCGUGGGUCGGAGUUGCCGGAUCCACUCUCAGCGGCUGCCUUUCCUGGGUUGGCACCGAGUUCGGCUUGGGUGCAGACCCCCAGAACAUGCUCGACGUUGAGAUUGUCCUCCGAGAUGGGCGAAAGAUAUGGGCAUCGACCGAGCCUGACCUGCUGUGGGCGCUGCGGGGCGGAGGAGGUAACUUUGGAGUUGUCACUGCUUUCCAUUUCCGCACCUAUCCGUACUCGACUUCUAUCCAUUGUGGGUACAUCUCGUAUCCGCCCAGCGCUCUUGAAGCCGUGUCUCGUGGAAUCGCAGAACAUGCGGCUCGACCGAUUGACCCGCGCGUUUCGUUCCACUGCUUGAUUGGAGCGGCGGACGAGAAGUUCCCGGGCCAAAGCUCUUGGACGGAGUCGACGGAUCGAAAAGAUCGAACAGUUCAAUUCGCCAAGUUCCACCUCGGAGUAUUCGUCUUCGAUGCCUACGGUGAGGAGCACGGGCGCAGCGACAAGGGCUUCAAGUGGGCGUUCGAUAUCCCGGGCGCAGUAGACAAGACAGUAGUGACCACCAUUAGGGGUGCAAAUGAGCUGCAGAGCGCCAAUAAGAAUCUCGUUGGGGCCACGAACAGCUACCUCAACGCUUGCUUGGCUGACGAAAUCGACCCCGAGUUCGUCAUCCGUGGGAAGAAUUGGGUCGAGGGUAUCUCUUCCCUGGACUCUAGGCUUGGUCCUGGAACUUUAUUCCUCCUUGAGGUGAUGCCUGGAAAAACAUUCAAUGCCACUUCUUCCCCCGAGGAAACCGCCUGGCCGCACUCAUCGAAUAAGCACGUCCUUCAGCUGCUCACUGGCAGCCACCCAGACUCGAACUGUCCGGAGGAGCUGGCGCUGCAUGCGCUGGCCAUGGCGCCGUACAUCAUCAAGAAGACGCACUCCAAGGAGGAGUUUUUCCCAAACUUCCUUGAGUCCAUCAACGACCGCAGCGCAAUUUUUGGUGUGAAUUACGGGAAAAUUCUAGAGGUCAAGAAGAAGUAUGAUCCUCAGCAGAGGUUCAACAAGGGCUCGUUCAUUCCCAUCCCCAGCGACAGAAAAGAUUCUGUGCAAUCGUCUAUUUGA